AUGAGAGAGAAAAAUAAAAGGAUUCCCGAUCCUGGUAAACAGUUUAGCUAUAUCGUUAUGAAGGGUCCCCGUCUUCGUGAUGAGAAAGGCAAGUUUAUACCAUAUAGAGUUGGGGAUUAUAUGGAGUAUCCAUCGAAUAUAGGAAAAGAGCAAAACAUGAAAAUAGAUAUCAAUUAUUAUUUAGACACAACAGUUGCAAUAUGCGCACGCUUUAUCAAUAAAAACGAUAGCUAUCAACCACACCUAUCACAUAAAAUAAUGCAAAUCAAAGAUCCAGAUAUGAAAGAAAAGAAGAUCGACAAAUACUUUCAGGACGAGGCUAUAAGCUUUAUUGGUAUAAUGGCUGAACUACGUGACCAGAUUUCUCAGUACACAGGCUUCGAACCUAACAAAAUUCGUCUUCCAAUCACAGAAGAGGAUAAACAGAUAUUUUGUAAAAUAAUAAUAGAACAGGAGGGAAUGACAGAUAUUAUAAUAGAUGACUAUCAAUUUUUACAACAAUAUGGGCAUAAUGGUAAGGAAGGUGAAUCCAUUCAUAUUGGAUGGUUAUUAGUAUAUACAGUAGCUUACGCUGAAAAGAUCUUAAUAAAUUCAUCCAAAGAUUUAUCAGAAAAGGUAUUAGCUCACAUUGAAAAAAGAUUCGAAGAAGUCCCACUUGCGCCAGUACUUAUAUG